UGAUAGAUAUGCUUUGUCAUAAUAAGUCAACGUUUUUUAUUCUCAACAUUGGUCGGGUCAGUUACCACCAGUGUUCUCUCUAUCCACAGGCACCACAAUGGACUUUGUAGACAUUGAGCACUAUGACCCAUACAAUGACACCUGGGCCCGGACAUGCCCUGCAGUGAAAUACGUCACCAACUUCACAGCGACUGCCUGCCAUGGUAAACUGUACGUGAUAGGCUCCUGUGCUGUUAAGUACAACGCCUUGACUCUGCAGUGCUACAAUCCCGUUAUAGAUGGGUGGAGUAUCAUCUGCUCUCCCUUCAUCCCCAAGUACCUGUCCUCUCCUCGCUGUGUCUCAGUGGAGGGGCUCAUCUACCUGAUCGCUGACAACACCAAGAAGGUUUACUGCUACGACCCACUGGCUAACAUGUGGCAGAAGGUCCAGCUGCUGCACAUGCUCCAUGAGAACGGAGAUCUGGUGGCGUUGAACAGUCAGCUCUUUGACGGGGGUCACUGGAAGGGCAUGGAGGGGGACUACGGGGUGGAGGUGGAGGUGUACAACAGAGCUUCUAACAGCUGGAAGGUGGAGUGUUUCCUACCAAGGCUCUGGAUCUACAGCGGGACAUGUUCUGUCUUCCUGGACCCCUCCCAGUGGUCCGACCCAUUCCCCCUCGAUGAAACCUAAAUGGAACUGUCGGGUCCGUGGCAUGCAGCACUUCAAGUGGCAAGAUAAAGGUGCUGGUACUCAUUUUAGGUAAUGAUUUUAACUUAAAGGUACUGGUGUAGUCGACCAGAUUGUAGGGGUGAAUAUUCUAGAUGUGCAGUCAGCACUUAAAGGCCCAGUGAGUCAAAAACAUGAUGUUCCUGUGUUUUAUAUAUAUAUAUUUCCACACUAUAAGCUUGGAAUAAUACUGUGAAAUUGUGAAAAUGACGACAGUGUAAUUGCUGUUUGAAAAGACUCCCUGACAUUUCAGCCUGUUUUGAUGGGAUGUCGUUUUGGCCUGCCUGGUGACAUCAACAGACCGUACAUUAGUUAAUUGGCCAAUAAGAAAGAAAGUUACAAACCUCUCUGCCAAUUACAGCCAGUUUUUAGAUUUCCACUCCCCACUCAGAACACUCCCGGAGAGUCCUAGCAAAAAUCAUUUAUUGAGAAAUUGCUCUUUGCUAAUUAAAAUAAACCAGAGAACUUAAUUGUUACCCAGAAAUUAUUUAAUAUGGAGACCUUUAAUUAAGCAGUAGAUGCAGGUAUAGUUCAAGUACUGAGCCCACGGCACUGAGCCCGCGGCACCGAGCCCGCAGGACCGAGCCCACGGCACCGAGCCCACGGCCCCCCACGGCCCCCGAGCCCACGGCACCGAGCCCAUGGCCAUGACAGACUGAGGGUCAUAGUGCACAGACUAUUGUCAGACUUUUAUGUCCAGGCUGUCUUGGCUGUCAGUUGCCUAGACUACUGUAUGCAUGUGGAACGUUGUUCAUCUGGAGAUUAUGGAGGUUGUCUUUAUCCAAUAGCACGUGACUUGGUCCUCCAUGCCGCCUCGCUCAAUUCUUCUUCCCUUGUUAUUUUGUAAGGUUAUACUCCUGUGACGAUGUGUGUAUUUAUAUUGUUACUUCCUGACUUCCUGAAGCAUCUGUUGGCGUCUGUAUUAUUGAGUUUGUUUGUUUGUUUGUUUGUGUGUUGACUUAUUCAAACUUUGUAGAAACUGUACUGUGAAUCAACUAAUUUAAACUUUGUAGAAAAUGUGAUGUUUAAUCAAAACAUCUUUGUAAAUAUGUUUUUUAUUUUAUGGUGGAAAACAUGGAAUAUUUCAUUAUUUACAGCAUAUGCUUUUGUGCUAUUAUGCAAUAGUUUCUUUCAACCUGGGUUUGUUUAUAAGGAACUCACUGGGCACAGUGUCAAUUCAACCCACUAGGCACAGUGUCAAUUCAACCCACUGGGCACAGUGUCAAUUCAACCCACUGGUCACAGUGUCAAUUCAACCCACUAGGCACAGUGUCAAUUCAACACACUAGGCACAGUGUCAAUUCAACUCACUAGGCACAGUGUCAAUUCAACCCACUAGGCACAGUGUCAAUUCAACCCACUAGGCACAGUGUCAAUUCAACUCACUGGGCACAGUGUCAAUUCAACCCACUAGGCACAGUGUCAAUUCAACCCACUGGACACAGUGUCAAUUCAACUCACUAGGCACAGUGUCAAUUCAACUCACUGGGCACAGUGUCAAUUCAACCCACUAGGCACAGUGUCAAUUCAACUCACUGGGCACAGUGUCAAUUCAACUCACUGGGCACAGUGUCAAUUCAACCCACUAGGCACAGUGUCAAUUCAACUCACUGGGCACAGUGUCAAUUCAACCCACUGGGCACAGUGUCAAUUCAACCCACUAGGCACAGUGUCAAUUCAACCCACUAGGCACAGUGUCAAUUCAACCCACUAGGCACAGUGUCAAUUCAACCCACUAGGCACAGUGUCAAUUCAACCCACUAGGCACAGUGUCAAUUCAACCCACUAGGCACAGUGUCAAUUCAACCCACUAGGCACAGUGUCAAUUCAACCCACUAGGCACAGUGUCAAUUCAACCCACUAGGCACAGUGUCAAUUCAACCCACUGGGCACAGUGUCAAUUCAACCCACUAGGCACAGUGUCAAUUCAACCCACUAGGCACAGUGUCAAUUCAACUCACUAGGCACAGUGUCAAUUCAACCCACUAGGCACAGUGUCAAUUCAACCCACUUGGCUCAGUGUCAAUUCAACCCACUAGGCACAGUGUCAAUUCAACCCACUAGGCACAGUGUCAAUUCAACCCACUGGGCACAGUGUCAAUUCAACUCACUGGGCACAGUGUCAAUUCAACCCACUAGGCACAGUGUCAAUUCAACCCACUAGGCACAGUGUCAAUUCAACCCACUAGGCACAGUGUCAAUUCAACCCACUAGGCACAGUGUCAAUUCAACUCACUGGGCACAGUGUCAAUUCAACCCACUAGGCACAGUGUCAAUUCAACCCACUAGGCACAGUGUCAAUUCAACCCACUAGGCACAGUGUCAAUUCAACUCACUGGGCACAGUGUCAAUUCAACCCACUGGGCACAGUGUCAAUUCAACCCACUAGGCACAGUGUCAAUUCAACCCACUAGGCACAGUGUCAAUUCAACCCACUAGGCACAGUGUCAAUUCAACCCACUAGUCACAGUGUCAAUUCAACUCACUAGGACACAGUGUCAAUUCAACCCACUAGGCACAGUGUCAAUUCAACCCACUGGGCACAGUGUCAAUUCAACCCACUAGGCACAGUGUCAAUUCAACC